UGCAGGGCAGCCGCGGGCCCGGAGCUGGGCCCAGGGAGGGCGGCGGGGCCUUGUGGGGACGGUGGCCGGGCCGGGCCGAGCCGAGCGCGGCCCCCAGAGUUUCUCCGGGCAGGUCAGUGCGCGCCGCGGGACCUGCGCAGUGCCUGGCCCAGGUGGGCCCGCACCAGCCCCUGUUGCAAACAGCAACAAUUACCGCCUCACGGGUGCGUUUCUUUCUCCCCACCCCUAGGAGAGGCAGCAAUGUUCUCUUAAAUGCCAGCGUUGCCAUCGUGGGAACUGUGCUGCUGAGUGAGGCUCUGAGUGACAGUUCUCUUGACAGUGGUAGCUCACUUUUUUUCAGAGCGUUACCCCAGCUCCUGCUGCUGCCUAGAACCUAGCGCUCUUCCCUGCCACAGGGCUCCUUUGUACUACAGUAUUGGGAAGCCUUCCGGGCUCUGAGGACCAUACGUGACCUGUGUAAAAAUGCUGCGAUACUGGGGUGAGAUUCCAGUUUCAUCUAACCAGGCCAACCGCAGCUCCUUUGACCUGCUUCAACGUGAGUUUCGUACUGUGGAAGUCCAAGAUCCUCCAUUGCAUCAGCCAUCUGCAAACAAACCCCGGCCGACCACCAUGUUGGACAUCCCCUCGGAGCCCUGCAGCCUCACAAUUCACACCAUUCAGCUCAUCCAGCACAACAGGCGGCUGCGCAGCCUGAUCGCCAUGGCUCAGGCUCAAAACCAGCAGCAAGCAGAGGGCAUAAAAACUGAAGACAAUGAACCUCUGCCAUCUUGUCCGGCCUCUCCACCUCUCCCCGAUGACCUGCUUCCUCUGGAUAGCAAAACCCCCAAAAUGCCAUUUCAGCUGAGGCACAGUGACCCGGAGAGUGAUUUCUACAGAGGAAAAGGGGAGCCAGUGACUGAGCUGAGUUGGUCCUCCUGCCGGCAGCUUCUCUACCAGUCAAUGGCCACUAUCCUGGCUCACACAGGCUUUGAGUGUGCCAACGAGAGUGUUCUGGAGACCCUGACAGACAUUGCCCACGAGUACUGCUUGAAGUUCACCAAACUGCUGCGCUUUGCUGUGGAUCGAGAAGCUCGACUUGGGCACACCCCUUUCCCUGAUGUCAUGGAGCAGGUCUUCCAUGAAGUGGGCAUUGGCAGUGUGCUCUCGCUGCAGAAGUUCUGGCAGCACCGCAUUAAGGAUUAUCACAGCUACAUGCUUCAGGUUAGCAAGCAGCUCUCUGAAGAAUAUGAGAAGAUUGUCAACCCUGAAAAGGCAGCAGAAGACACAAAGCCUGUGAAGAUUAAGGAGGAACCUGUUAGUGAUAUCACUUUCCCCAUAAGUGAGGAGCUGGAAGGAGAUCUGGCUUCUGGUGACCAGUCUUUGCCCGUUGGAGUCCUUGGAGCUCAAAGUGAGCGCUUCUCUGCAAACUUGGAAGUAGAAGCUUCUCCACAGACUUCAGGGGCUGAAGUGAAUGCUUCCCCACUCUGGAACUUGGCACAGGUGAAAAUGGAGCCCCAGGAAAAUGAGGAGGCUAAUGUACAUGGCCAUGGGGUCCUAGGCAGUGAUGUCUUUGAGGAACCGAUGUCAGGCAUGAGUGAAGCUGGGAUGCCACAGAGCCCCAAUGGCUCUGAGAGCAGCUAUGGUUCUCAUUCUGCUGACAGUCUGAUGGGAUCCUCGCCUGUCUUCAACCAACGCUGCAAGAAAAAGAUGAAGAAGAUGUGAAAAGAGACACUAUUUUUAUUUAGUCCUGAUGGUAUGUAACAGGCUUGAAACUAAGAGAGUACUGUGAUGGCUAUGAUUCAUAAACAGGGCUGGCCCUGGUGUAUGAGGGACCUUGCAUAAAAUUAUUAUGAAAGGUUUGAUGGGUAGUGCACUUUAGCUCCCCUCUUUGCCGGCUUCUGUACUCAAUCCUGACUCACAAGACUGAAGAUCACCCUAUGCAUUUGAUAGUGGCACGGCUUGCUUUGGCAGAUUAAUAAGGACAUUGCCAGUGGAAAGUAGUUGUGAAGAGAUUUGCUCAGUCAUGGAAUCAUUGAAUAAUUUGGGUUGAAGGGAUCUCUUGAUGUUUCUAGUCCAGCCCCCUGCUUGAAGCACUGCCAAUUAGAGCAGAUUGCUCAGGGCCUUGUCCAUUUGAGUUUUCAGUAUCUCCAAGGAUGGUGAUGCCAAACCUCUUUGGUCAGCAUUUUCCCAUAGUUCCCUCAUAGUAAGAAAAAAUGUAUUUUUGCAUCUAGUCAGAAUUUCCCAUGUUCCAACCUGUGUUCAUUGCCUCUUGUUCUCUCACUGUUCAUCUCCAAGAAGAGUCUGACCGUCUUCUCUAACCUGCCCAUUAAGUGGUUGUAUACAAUGAAAUCUCUCUUUAGCCCUUUCUCUUGUUAAGUGUGAAGAAAGCAAGCUCCCUGAGCCGCCUCUUUUAUGCCUUGUGCUCCAGCCCCCUAAACAGCUUUGUGGCCUUCCACUGAAAUUGCUGCAGUGCUCUUCUUGAAAGGUAGAGCACAAAAGUGGAUGCAGUCCUCCAGAUAUGGUCUCACAAAUGCUGAAGAGAGAAAAAUAAUGAUUUCCCUCAGCGUGCUGGCUGUAUGCGUGCUGACUGUUGUGGACAACAAGACAAUCUUAAGUCAGAUCACUUAAGCGGAGCUGUCAGUGGUACUUAUGGUGAUGUAGCAAAGAUGCUGUAGAGUAGCCUCACAGUGCCAUGAACCAGCUCCUUCAGUGCUUCAGAUGCGUCCUGUCUGGUUCAGUGGACUGACGUAUGCCCAGUUAGCUUAAGUUCUUGCUAACUCUGUCUUCCUCUACUGUAGGUAAUGCUUUAUUCCCACACACUCUGCUCGAAGACCCAGGGACCUAGCAGGCCUGAAGGCAGACCUUGUCAGUGAAAACAGGCAAAAAAAGUGUUGAGUACAUCAGCCUCAAACUAGGAAGAGCUUCCUUUGUCGCCACAUUGCUUGCAUUGUUGAACAGUAACCCCAUGUUUUCUUUAACCUUUAUUUUGCUUUCAAUGUACUUAAAGAAGCCUUUUGUCACAUUUCAUUUCAGUUUCAACUCCAGCUGAGCUUUGGCUUUUCUAACGGUCCUGGCAUGCUUGGGCUGUGUCUCUAUAUCCCUGCUGGCUAGCCCAUCCUUGCUAGUACACCUCUGUGUACUUUUUCCUUUGUGUUUAAACUCAGUCAGGAAGUCCUUGGUCAUCUUUGCUGGCCUUCUGUCAAUGCCUGCUUUAAUUUCUGCUUGUCAGAAAGAACUGUUCUACUUUGAGAAAGCUAUCCUUGAAGAUAAGGCAGCACACUUGGGCCCCUUUGGGAGGCCUCAUAAGAUGCUGCUAAGUCAUUCCUUGAAUAAACCAAAAUACGUUGUGCUAAAGGUCCAGGACUUGGUCUUGUACACAUUUCUCAGGAUUUUAAAUACCACAGUUCCAUGUCUGCUGCAGCCAAGACCUUCACAUUCUCCACCAGUUCUUCCUUGUUAGUCCAGCAGAGCUUCUUCCCUAGUUUGUUUCUCAGUCAUACUGUCAGGGAAGUUAAUGCGGUUUUCUGGAGAGAAUAAAGUAGCUUUUACUAUUGGUGUGAGCCAGUCCUGGCAAUGCAAACUUUUCCUUUGCUCUUACUGGAUUGAGUGCGGCAACUUUAGGCUGGCUGGGGUCUCCUAUUCAAAGUUGUUAUCUUGACAACUUAGUCUGAAACAGAAUCUAUUUUGCUGCUUGCUUUUAUGGCUCAGCUGACUGAUGACAUUUUUUUUGUUCUGCACAAUCCUCAGUUGAUCAACUCAGUCUUUAACUUGAUUCAGUGAGUAUCUCUCUCAAAAAAGCUAGAAUGAACAUGAAUCAAGAAUGAAUAGCCACUUAAACUGGCUUUAUACCUGUAACCCCUUGGGAUGUUUGAGGGAGAUUUACCAAAUCUCCCAUUUGUCCUUAAAAUCGCAAGUUUAUCUUCAGAAAGAAUGAGCUCCAGGCAUAGUAUUUUUGUUUCUGUAUAACAGGCCUAGCUUUAAUUCUUUUUUCCUAUCUGUAUUUCUCUUCCAUUUCUAUAAAGUGGAAGCCAAACAUAAAAUUCCUCAAUGUCUAAUAAGAAUGUGUGACCACAGACUUUUAUGGACAUUGGAGUUAAAAUUGUCCAUCACAGUUCUAAAGGUUUCUCCUGGGAGGUAAAUUCUAGCAGUUUGAAGCCUAGUCAGUAGUAGAAGAGCAUACCAGUGUAUCAGGAGAUCUUUAUUUUGAUUCCCUCUGAGUCACCAUUAGGCAAGCUGCAAUGUCCCUGUUUUCUCAGGUGUGAAGAAAGAAUAGUGGUAUUUGCCUCUUAUAAGUGUGUUUGAGAUUUAGUUACUAUUCAAAAAAGGCAUUGUGAUCAUUCAGAGAGUUUUGUGAGAGUUGUGAGCUUUUCUUCCAGUUCAGGAGGACUGUAGCUGGCUGGAGAAUGCUUAGAUUGAAUGUUACAGACCUAUAUGAUACUGGUUUUAAGGAAGACUGCUUAUCACGCAGAAGUACAGCAAAACUGUGCUGUUCAGCUGCCCAGGUACAAGGAAGGCAUUUGAGGUGGUAUCUUCUUACUCAGCUUUAGAUGUCUGCAUCUCAAUUUGUUCCUCUGGGCCCCAUUUGGAGCUGAAGAUAAAUAGUCAUUCUUGGGUCACCAUUCAUCUGGCCUUGAAGUAGAAGCAUAAAGCAGGUCAGAUGGAUGGCAUUUUUAGAAAUGUUUCUUUUUCCUUUGUGUGCCCAUAGUGUGUUCACCUUGACUACCUCAGCUGAAGAUAUCCACACCAUCAAUAUCUGAGUUAAGUGACCUGACUUUAGCCCUUCAUGUAUGGGAAUCAGAGGAGACUUCAUCCUGCUGGGCUGAUGAUUUUUCUUUUUUACACCUUUAGUAGAGCUUGCUGUUCAAAUGGUAGUACAGGGCUAAAAGCAGACUGCCCUUCUUGCCUAAACCAGCAGAUCCAGUGUUCUGAGAGAAUGUGCUAGGCUGGGGCCUGAAAGCUCAGGCUGGUUUAGCCCCUGUGUCUUUGAUACUGUGUGAGAACACCUGUCGUUGGGCCUUUCCCCACAGAUAUUUUGCCAAACUGUUUUAGUAAAGUAUUGUUGAUGCUGGGGCACCUAUGCAAAGUCCCUUGUACUAUUUUCAGGAAGUAGAAGACACAGUGACUGCUGCCAGCAUCACUUGCUUAUUUGCAAGAUUUCAAGUGGGCUAGAAAAGAAAAUCUAGUGUUCUCCAGGGCUUUGGUUAAACCUCCUAAGUAUCAAUCUUAAAUGCUUUCUUUAUAUUGCUCACGUGCAGAUUUUGUCUUACAAUUGUGGUUUUUUAUUUCACAUCCCUUUUCCACACCUAUUUCACCCUGUAACACGCAGUCUGCAAUAAGUCAAGCCUGAGUGCUUCAAGUAUAUUUAAUACAGUGGAAAUUCACCCUCCUUUGAUUCAGCUGUGUUGUUGCAGUGUAAGAGAGAAGUGUUAUUGAUUCCCAAAGAUGGGAUGCAUUUAUAUGCAGAGGUAAGAAAUGCAUUGGCAUCACUUGUACAUUUAAAAAUGAUGACAGAGUGAAAUCUGUACCUCCUGUUUCCCGAUUAUGCUAAGUGUUGCUUCUGACAUUUGUGUGCUUGACGUUUUCUUUUAUGCAUGUGGAAGCUUUACCUUCUGGGUGAGCCUUUCCCCUCUGAACAUUAAUAGUCCUUAGAUUUACAGUGGUGUUCCUCAUGCACGAAAUAGUGACAUUUCAAAUCUGGCUCAUGAGGUCAGAUACAGCCAAUAUGCUCUUUUGAUGAACGGGAUAAGAUUUUUCUAGGUGUUAAUGUAGCCUUGGGCUGCUAGUGAGGAGUCCAUUGACCAUGUAAUCCCCAAAUUUCAAGCCGUGGUGAGGUUAUGCAGUGGGUUGGAAUGAAGCUCUGCUCUUGCAGUUGUCGUUUUUUGCUGGUUGCUAGUAAAAUACUCUGCUGACCCACCUGCUUCACUAGUCCACAGUUUUGUUGGUUCUUUCAUCAUCUCCCUUCUCUUUCCAAAGGCGGGUGGAUGGCAAAUCGGAAUGGUGAGUAUUGACCACGUCCAUAUGCAGUAGCAUUGAUGGCUUUAGUGAUUGAUUUUGCCAUGACUGAAAUUGGUGAGAACUUUGAUAGCAAUUUGGAGAGCAAGAUCUGUGAAUUGCUUGGCUUUUGAAGUGUUUUGCAUGGGGAUUGUACAGAACUGUAGUUGAGAGAGCACUGUGUAUCAUACUCCUUUUCCCCUCUAGCAAUACCUUUUUGUUUCUUUUGAAGAGUUUUGUCUGGUAUCCAGCAGAGUUCACUGUAUAAACGGCAGUGUAACAACUUCAGUAUACAGCUGUCAGACCGUGCUACCUACUGAUUUAAUUCCAAGACCAUCUAUGCUAAUUUGGAUAUGCAUAAUGCUGUGCAGAAAAAGAGAUGUUUCCUGCAUAGAUAUUUACAAUUUAAAAAGAAAUCACGAAAAUAAGAUUGAGUAGUUGAGGCCAAUCUGAUUAUGCGCUCAAUCCUGAGACUAAUGCAGGUGUUAUGUGUGAAGGAUGUUUUACUUAAAACGUUUUUGUACAUGCAUGUGAAUGAAAUAGGUAACUUUGCUUGUGUUUUUAUGGAACAAAAUUGCUUGGAAAUAUUUCACGGUUGGCUUUUUUCCUUGCUCUCCUGGAGAGAGUUUCUUCAUAAUUUCUAAGAAAAUAAAAUUUAAAAAAUCAUUCAGAAAUCCUAAA